AUGAAGUUCACUGGAAUCGCCGUUUCUUUCGCCCUUGCUGGCGUCGUCUACUCUGCUGCCCUUCCUGCUGUCGGUCUUCCUGACAUGUCCGGCCCUGAGGGAGCCAUUGGAGGGCUCGAGCGUACCGCUGGUGGUAUCAUCACCGGCGCUGCCAAGCGCCAGCUCCAAUACCUACAGCCAGUCACUGAAGGUGUGGCUAGCUCCAUGAACGGCGGUACUGGUGUUGUUGGCAGUGCCGUGGGCACUGUCGAGACCACUGUCGGGGGUGCCGCCGGCACCGCUGAGAACAGCGUCACUGGCGUUCUGGGUGCUGCUAAGCGUCAGCUUCAAAAUACCGUCGAGGAGGCCGUGCGCCCUUUGAAAGAUGAUCUCUUGCGUCGACAGGAUCCCAUUCAGCCCGUCUCUGAGGCUGUUGCAAGUACCCUUAACGGCGGAACAGGUGUCGUUGGUGGUGCCGUCGGUACCGUUGAGUCCACUACUGGUGGUGUUGCUGGCACUGCUGAGAAUACUGUCUCCAAUGGCCUGGCUCACGUCAAGCGUCAAUUCGGCAACCUUCCUGCCACCAUGCAGCAGACCGGGACCGAUGUUCUCGCAGGCCUCAGCGGCAACCCCAGCGGCAUCUACGGUGCUCUCGCCAACCUCCAAAUGAUCGUCGCCGCCGGCAAGCUCAACCCUUCCGAUAUUAACGACCCUACCGGUGCUGUCCAGCGCGUCAUUGCCAACCUUGCUGUCGCAUAA